GCGCGCCGCGGAUUUAUUCCAGCUGGCACGCGCACAGUGUGGAAAAUGAAGGUGGAGUGAGCGCGCGCGCGCCGUGGAGUGGUGGUGAUAUCGGUGCUGACGUUCCCCCGCGGCGGCGGCGGCCCGGCUCGGAGAUGGAUGAAUUCCAUCCAUUCAUCGAGGCUUUGCUGCCCCAGGUCCGUGCCUUCGCCUACACAUGGUUUAACCUGCAGGCCCGAAAGAGGAAGUACUUCAAAAAACACGAGAAAAGGAUGACGAAAGAUGAAGAGAGAGCUGUCAAAGAUGAACUGCUGGGGGAGAAGGCAGAGGUGAAACAGAAGUGGGCCAGUCGUCUUUUGGCCAAGUUGAGAAAAGACAUUCGGCCCGAAUGCAGAGAGGACUUUGUCUUGUCCGUUACUGGGAAGAAAACAGCGUGUUGUGUGCUGUCAAAUCCUGACCAGAAAGGCAAAAUGAGACGCAUCGACUGUCUCCGACAAGCCGACAAGGUGUGGCGGUUGGACCUCGUCAUGGUCAUCCUGUUCAAAGGAAUCCCAUUGGAAAGCACAGAUGGAGAGCGGCUGGUCAAGGGAGGCCAGUGCUCGAAUCCCGUCCUCUGUGUCCAGCCUCGACACAUCUCUGUCUCCGUCAAAGAGCUUGAUCUUUAUCUGGCUUACUAUGUACAAGAAAGAGAGGCAGAGCAGAACAGCAGUCCCAGUCGUACUGGAGUGGCUUCUGAUCAGGAGGACAGUCGAACUGCCACCAUCGACGGACCAGAGUUUCAGGAAAGUUUUUUGACAUCAGGAGUCUUCAGUGUCCCUGAACUGGUCCAGAUCUCGAGAAUUCCAGUAGUAACUGGAGUAGGACCCAGUUUCUCUAUGGGAGAGCUGCAAGGACACUUGGCCUAUGACCUCAACCAGACUGUCAGUCAACCAGUCAGCAUCAGACGGUCACUGACCAGCAUCUCAUCUAGCGGGAGUAAGCGUCAUAAAUCUGGUUCGAUGGAGGAAGAGGCUGACAGUCCGGGAGGGGAGUAUUACCACUCGCCUUCUUCUCCUGCUAGCAGCUCCAGGAACUGGACUGAUGACAUGGAAGGAGGUCUGUCACCGCCAGUGAAAAAGACUGAAGUGGACAGUCCUUCACCCCAUGAAGACUCGCCGAGGCUGGGCUCCUACACGCAGCACCACCGGCCUGUUAUAGCUGUACACAGCGGUCUGUCUCGGGGUCCUCACCCGUCCCCAUCUCUCCACUUUCCCUCCUCCUCCUACUUCCCCCAUGGAGCGAUCCGAUAUCCUCCUCACCUGCCUCAGGACCCCCUAAAGGAUCUGGUGUCACUGGCCUGUAAUCCAGCCAACCAAACGCCCAGCUCAGUCAGUUCUACCAUUCAGAAGUUAAAUGGCAGCAACCAAGUUAAAGUGCCCAGUCAUUACAUCUCCUCUCAGAUGUUGGCACCCGCUGGACCGGCACCCUCUCUCACAUCAUCUCCAUCAUCCCUCCCGAGGUCUGCGCUGCCUGCAGAGUCCAAGGCCACCACCGCCUCCACCGAGGGAGGAACAAACUCACCCACAUCACCCAACCCUUACUACCAUUCCGAGUUCCUGAGUUUUUGCCUGUCAUCUUGGAUUUGUUCACUUGCAUACUCGGCCGCUGGAUCCCCUCCUGGCAAUCACUCCUCGUUUGUUGGUGUCACUCCACGAGAUCCAGGUGGACUGUAUCAAGCACAGUCUUGGUUUCUGGGCAACUAAAUGAGCUGUGGAGGAAAGGUGAUUGUCAUAACAACACGGUCAUGGAGGAAAGGAGACAGUGCUGUCAAGAUGUUCUGAGAGGAAAAAUAUACUCUGCUUUGUAGAGGCAUGGUCAUGUGAUUCUCCACAUCUUCAACUCUGGAGACAGGCUGGAAAAGAACGGCUGAGGAACCAAGCCAAAGGAACUCUGAGGCGCCUGACAGGAAGUACCUGCUUCAUCGAGACCCUGAAUGUUUCCCAGGAACACUACCCCGAGUCUCAAGUCCAGUUCAGAACGUAGAAAGAAUCCAGUAAUCCUGCGUCCCAGUCCUCACAAUCCCCUUUUCCACUGCAGGUGCUGCUUCUUAUAUAUGCAAAUCAGCCUCCGUUUUUUCUCUGACCUCUGACAGACCUUACUAUUAAUAUUCUUUGCACUUUUAAUAUGCGAUUGAUAUGCCUGAAAAACUCAAGCAGCUUAGCUUUCCUUCUCUUCCCACCAAAAACUCAGACUUUUCUAUUGACAAUCAUCAGCCUGAAAGCAUCACCGUGCAGACAGCCUCGUGGUUUCACCAGGACGCUGAUCUGCACGGGUACUCUGUGGGAGGAGCUUCCCUUUCAGGCAUGAACUCCUCACCUUUAUGCAAGCAGCAGCGGCACGGUGUAUCCAAAGGGCGGGACUACAUGCCAGCACCACUGUAGAACACAGCAUGUGGUUCUGGUCAGCAUGGAUUCAGGUUGUUGGUUUUUUUUUUUUUUUUUAACUAUUUUUUUCCUCCUGAUGGAAUGAUGACUUUUAUGUCUGUGUGUAGCUCUGUGCAAAAGUAUUCAAACGAGUUUUAAAACACCUCAUUUCUUUGAGGUGUUUUAAAACUCGAAGCUGUUAAGUAGAAUAUCAGGCUAGUUUAGUCUGGUUUUUAAAAUCAUUUUAUUGUUGAGCGAUUAUCAAGAACCAUCGUCAUGUUGCCAUGGACACUGACAUUUUCUUUCAUUGAAAAUGGUUCAUAACUUCAUAAUUGAAUGUUUUUGUAAUUAACUAGGAUGGUCAGAUUUUUGUAUGCAUGUUUGAAGACAUGAGAUUUUCACCUUUUGCACAGUGCUGUAGGUCGCAGGCCGCAUGCUGUGGGUCGCAGGUGGCGUGCAGUGGGUCGCAGGCAGUGAGCGCACGCUGUGCUUUGAGCAGGGGUUGGUGCCCGCUGCUGACACAGCUGAUCUGGAAAAAGAACUUCUUGUUCUUUUAUUUCUUUUUGUUGGUCUCAUUUCAUUCUCAAACCAACACUGAUCUUUUUUAUGCUGUUCUGUGGGAAAAGAUGAUGUCUUAAUGUUGUGUCUGUGGGAGUCUGGCGUGGCGCAGCGUGUUCCUGUUGACCUGCUCAAGACAACAUUUUCAAGUCUUUUGAUGAAGAUCAGCUUAUUUUUGGAUGAAUGCGACACAGAAGCAUCACAUUCUUCCAUUUAUGAUGAUAAAACUAUGAACUUCACAUGUAGGAGA